CAUGUUGUUGUGGUUGUGAGGAGGGAGGCGGAGGCUGAGGCAAAGCAACAGAGCAGGGAGCGACGACGAAGGGAAGACGGGCGACCACCCCCCUCCGAGCCGCUGCCGCCGCCGCGCCCCGUUGGGGGGUGGGGAGGGACCCCCGCGCCAUGGCCGGACGCUGCUGGCUUUCAAUGUGAAAUAAUAGACUAUCUGAACAGCUUCUGAAACUUAUUUGAAGGAAGAGUAUUACUAGCUGAAGUUUUCUGUAUAUACAGUGCUAAGAAGUAUUGCAAACAAGGGAGAGGACUGUGCCUCUUAACCUGGCGCUGUCAUGGAUGAAGAAACCCAGCACAGCCUUGAAUGCAUCCAGGCUAAUCAGAUCUUCCCCAGGAAGCAGCUGAUCCGAGAAGAUGAGAAUCUCCAGGUCCCUUUUCUUGAACUUCAUGGUGAAAGCACAGAAUACGUGGGACGAGCAGAAGACGCCAUUAUUGCACUUUCCAACUACAGGAUUCACAUCAAAUUUAAGGAAUCGAUUGUGAACGUUCCAUUACAGCUUAUAGAAAAUGUUGAAUGCCGGGACAUAUUUCAGCUUCACUUGACUUGUAAGGACUGUAAAGUUAUCAGGUGUCAGUUUUCUACCUUUGAGCAAUGUCAAGAGUGGCUUAAACGGCUGAACAAUGCGAUCCGCCCUCCAUCAAAGAUAGAAGAUCUGUUUUCAUUUGCUUACCAUGCCUGGUGUAUGGAGGUGUACGCUAGUGAAAAAGAACAGCAUGGUGAUUUGUGUAGACCAGGGGAUCACGUAACAUCAAGAUUUAAAAACGAGGUUGAAAGGAUGGGUUUUGAUAUGAACAAUGCUUGGAGGAUUUCCAAUAUCAAUGAGAAGUACAAACUUUGCAGUAGUUACCCUCAAGAACUAAUAGUUCCUGCAUGGAUCACAGACAAAGAGCUGGAGAGUGUAGCAAGCUUCCGAUCCUGGAAACGCAUCCCUGCUGUCAUUUACAGGCACCAGAACAAUGGAGCUGUAAUUUCCCGUUGUGGGCAGCCUGAAGUCAGUUGGUGGGGCUGGAGAAAUGCUGAUGACGAACAUCUUGUCCAAUCAGUGGCCAAAGCCUGUGCCUCAGACUCCAAGUCCAGCAACAGUAAAUUAAUGAAUGGAAACUGUUCAAGAGACUUUUCCAAUGGGGGAGACUUUUCUGAUAUGGAAUUUGACUCUUCCAUAUCAAAUGCUUCAGGAGCAGAAAGCUUAGCUAUCCAGCCUCAGAAACUUUUGAUCUUGGAUGCACGCUCCUAUGCAGCUGCUGUGGCAAACAGGGCCAAAGGAGGAGGCUGUGAAUGUCCAGAGUAUUAUCCAAACUGUGAAGUAGUGUUCAUGGGAAUGGCAAACAUCCAUUCCAUCCGGAAGAGUUUUCAGUCGCUGCGUUUGCUCUGCACACAAAUGCCGGACCCUGGAAACUGGCUGUCAGCUCUAGAAAGCACCAAAUGGUUGCAGCACCUAUCCAUGCUUCUGAAAUCGGCACUGCUGGUAGUUCAUGCAGUAGACAGAGACCAGCGACCUGUCUUGGUGCAUUGUUCAGAUGGCUGGGACCGAACGCCGCAGAUAGUGGCUUUGGCAAAGCUGCUACUGGAUCCAUAUUACAGGACCAUAGAGGGUUUCCAGGUGCUAGUGGAAACGGAGUGGCUGGAUUUUGGCCAUAAGUUUGCUGAUCGUUGUGGCCAUGGUGAGAAUUCGGAUGACCUGAAUGAACGCUGCCCAGUGUUUUUGCAGUGGCUCGACUGUGUCCAUCAGCUCCAGAGGCAAUUCCCUUGCUCUUUCGAGUUUAACGAAGCAUUCCUUGUCAAGUUGGUGCAGCACACCUACUCUUGCCUUUUUGGUACAUUCCUGUGCAACAAUGCGAAGGAGAGAGGAGAAAAGCACACCCAAGAAAGGACAUGUUCAGUUUGGUCUCUGCUGCGAGCAGGAAACAAAGCCUUCAAAAAUCUGCUCUACUCCUCCCAGUCAGAAUCUGUUCUGUAUCCUGUGUGCCAUGUACGAAAUCUAAUGCUUUGGAGUGCAGUUUACUUGCCAUGUUCUUCCCCUUCUACUCCAGCGGAUGAUACCUGUGCCCCUUAUCCAGUCCCAAACUCAACUCCUGAAGAUCAGCCUCUGAGCAGGCUACCAAAGACAAGGUCAUUUGACAAUUUGACAACAGCUUGUGACAGCUGUGUACCUACAGCCAACCGGCGCAGUAGUGAUCCCAGCCUCAAUGAGAAAUGGCAGGAACACCGCCGUUCUCUGGAGCUCAGCAGCCUUGGGAAUCCAGGGGAUGAUCUCUUUGAUGGAGAGAGCCAGGGAAAACCAGGCAGGACUCUGGUUGGAGCAGAGCUUUCUGUGGCUGCAGGUGUAGCAGAAGGACAGAUGGUGAACAUUUUGCAGGAGGCUACCAAGGAGGAAGGGGGCCUGGAGGAAUGUGUGAGGAGCACUUUGGAAACAGCAAAUGAAGAAGAAGAAGAAGAGGAUAUUUCCCAGGAUAAAGAAAGCAGGACUGAAAACCUGUAUGGCUUUGCUGAUAGCAUGUAUAAAAAGACUGAGAUGGAUGCAGAUUCUCUUGUGGACAAUCCAGUUUCCAUCCAAGAGGUGGUUUCAGAGGGUACUUCUGAGCUUCAAGGACAAAAUAAUGAGCAUAUAGCUGUCCAGAAACCAUCUCAGGUGAGAGAACUGCAAACUGGCUUUUUGGACAACAUUGUAAAUAGUAACGUUCAAGGAGCAGAGGAGGACAGUGUUAGACUAUCUGUAGAAGCUGAAAAACCUCAUGGCACCCCCCACCCUACCCUACCAUUGCCUGUUAUACAGGAGGCAGGAAUAUCAAACAUGGAGAGUUCUACUGAAACCUUAACAGAGAAUGGAGCUAAGCCAGAGCUUAUCCAAAAUGUUCCUUCUCAUUGGUUCCAUUCCAUGGAAAAUAGUGCUGAUGAACUUCCCCAGACUUUUGAAAGUAGACCUGAAAGGGAGGACACAAUAGAACUUCACAGACUGGCAACAAACUUAAACAGGACUCCUGAGAUCAGCAUCAUGCACAACCCGUUGCCUUCACCUUGUGCCUUGCCUUUAACUGAAUGUAAAGAGGAGAUUGUCUGUAAUGGGGAGCUGGAGCCUGAGAACAAGGUUGCAGAGAAACCUGUGGGGUUCAUUGUUACCCAGAAAUACCCUGCACCAAAUGGACACUGUGUAAAUGGAGAGGAGGGUAGGAUAAAGGUCCCUCUGAGCCGGCAGGUCUCCACAGCUAGCUGCAGUUCUGCUCUGUUGCAUCUAAGGAACUUGCACCACAAAGGGAUUCACACCAUUGCGGGCCGGCAACAGACAGGAAACAGCCCAGACCAGCCUGCCCGUAGUCAUCUGGAUGAUGAUGGGAUGCCAGUCUAUGCUGAUGUCAUUCAACAGCGCCUCCGCCAGAUAGAAAGUGGACACCAGCAAGAGGUAGAGACGUUAAAGAAGCAGGUACAAGAGUUGAGGAGCCGAUUGGAGAGCCAGUACCUGAACAGCUCGCUGCGUUUCAAUGGUGACUAUGGAGAUGAAGUGACUUCAAUACCUGACUCGGAAAGCAAUCUGGAUCAAAACUGCUUGUCUCGCUGCAGUACAGAGAUUUUCUCUGAAGCCAGCUGGGAGCAGGUGGAUAAACAGGACACAGAGGUGACACGGUGGCUUCCUGAUCACCUGGCUGCGCACUGUUAUGGCUGCGACAGUACCUUCUGGCUUGCUAGCAGGAAGCACCACUGCAGGGACCCUGAACGUGUUGAUCAGACUUGGAAUUGUGGGAACGUGUUUUGCUCCAGCUGCUGUAACCAGAAGGUGCCGGUCCCCAGCCAGCAGCUCUUCGAACCCAGCCGAGUCUGCAAAUCCUGCUACAGCAGCUUACAUCCUAGCAGCUCCAGCCUCGAUCUUGAACUGGACAAGCCUAUUGCUGCCACUUCAAACUGAUAAGCUCCAGCCUAGAAGGAAGCUGAGGGAAGAGGCUGUCACCUCUACCCUGCCUAAGCAGACACGCACAUCCUCAGUGGACUGAAGCUGGUUGGACUGGAGAGGCUGUGUGCUUUUGAGUGGGGAGUACAGAACACUGCUCAGAGAGAGAGAGGGUGUGAGGAUGUAUUGGUGGAGUGUGGAAACCCUUUCCUUUCCAUCUGUUGCUCCCAUUUCCUUCUCAUCCUACUUGUGUGUACAUUGUGUUGAUUUUGCUGAAAGACUGUGAAAAGGGGGCUGGGCCUGGCAUCUUUUUUUCCCCACAGGCGUUUUGCUGCCCUGUUGAUGAACUGUGCUGGAGACGGAUGACUCCUGUCUUACCAAGAUGAGAGUAGGUGCAAUCAGUCCAGAGACAUUGUGAAUACCUGUAGCAUCAGCGCUAAUGCUUUCAGUCACUCCUGUUACUUCCCAGCAACAAACUGCUGUUUGGGAGGUCAUUGCUGCUAGAAGAAGUGAAAACUGCCUUCUCAAGAGAACUCUCUCCCUCUCUGUUCUUAGAGUGGGUUUAGUUAUCCUUGCUGCAUGGAAAUUGGGCAGGGAUGGGGUCCGGUUGCAGAUCACCUCACUGGACUAUUCUUUGCCAACCGGCCAAUCUGUGGCUUGGAGUGGGAAAUGUCAGGACAACUUUGGCUAAAGGAAGUUUGUGCUUGUUUGAGGGAAGUGAAAGGGAAGGUGAUUGGGCAGGCCACCAGUUCACAGGGUGGCUUUUAAAACUUGCACCUCUGUGUAAGAUUCUGUACAUGCGACCUGUUCUAAAUGAAUUGGUGGCUGGGCUUGUUAGAACCUGUUAAGCAUCUCCCCUUGGCCUGGUUUUUAAGACUGGUUUACACAGGAGGCUUCAGAGGCUGCACGCAAAGUCUACUGGCAUCAUGUUGGUCAACUUUUCUGCCUUGAGAGAGAACCCCAAAGCAACUAAUCACUCUGGCUUGACCCACUGAGCAGAAUUUCUUGGCAAAGAAGGGGAGUUACUGGUCAGUGAAGAUGGGCCUGCUAAUGUCCACAAAGUGUGGCAAUUUUUCUCCGAGUUUUGCUCCCACACAAAAAAGUCAUAUUUAGGGAUUUGACUGGACCAAAACAAUUUUUUUAGAAGUUUCCCUUAUAUUAAAAUCACUUUUUAAAGUGUUGUCCUGUUGAAGUGUUACAGAAUGCUCACAUUUUUUUGGUUUGUAUUGGCCUACUGCCCCUCUUUUAAUCUGCUUAGUAUCUGGAGGGGGGACAUUAUAAUACUACUUUCCCAUGGCUAAGCUGAAGCAGUUUCUGCCUAAUAAGUCAUCAAUUUAAUAAUGUGCCUCUUACCCACCCACCCCCAUCCCCAGAAUUUAGAUGUCUGCAUGUUUCCUUAUCACACUUUUACUGCUUGGAAUGGCAUCCAUGUGGUGGCUUCUCCCAUGCUGCCACCAUUCGCUUGAUAAAGUAAUGCUCUGCACAUCAUUCUUGUGCAUUGUGCUAGUAGUUUUCACAUCAGAGCCAGCAACUGCCACUAAAAUGGCAUGGAAACUCUUCACGUGGUGUGUCUGAAUAGCGCAGGAAAAGGAGCCAUCACAGGGAGGCCAUUUCAUGUAGCAGUAAUGUCAUAAAUGUGUAGGCCAGUUUUAAGAAGCUGCAGACAGUUACAAAGAUUUACUGCUAAGAUGGGAGUUUGCCUUCCGUGUAAUAUAACACUGAUGUUUUUCUAAAGUGAAAUUCAUAAGGCUGAGAUUAUCUUGGAAGUAUCUGAUACAUCUGUAGAAAAGAUGUGUCAGUAUCUUGAUGUCUGAAUUGUCUGGGUUGUUUGAGAAAAGUAAAUGUGUUGCCUGUAACACAAUAUAAAGUAGGUGUUGGGAGAGAGCAAACCAGGAUCCCAAGAGGCUUGUAUAGAAGAGUCUUUUUAUCUUUAAGGCAGUCAUGGGGUCUAGCUUCUUGGCAUUCUUCACUUCUUCCAACAAGGAGGAUCAGUGCAAAUUCCAAUUCAGACUUUUUAAAAUAUCAAAUGAAAUGAUCAGGGUUUAUGCAGCAGUGCAUAGUAUUUCUAUAGAGGUUGCAGUUCCAGUAGAGCAGAGACUGUUGGAACAGGGAAUGGGAGAAAGUACGGAAGUUUUUCUGUACUGUUCCAUUAAUGCAGGUGUCUGUAAUGUUGUUUUAUAGGGAAACGGGAUUGCUUUACACACUGAUGGUUGUGUGGUUUUCUGGUACAAGUAGAAGGUGAGAGCAAGGUCUGAUAUUCUGCAGUUCAUAAUGAAAGGUGCCAAGAGGUUCUGAUACGGGUUUUGGGGGUCUGUGAUGUACAGUGUGAAUAAAUGCUUGCAGUUCUUAGUCUUUUUUGAUGAAUGAAGCACUUUUUUAUUAAUAUUUUUUCUUUGUAUGUAAAGCAGGAAACUAUCUCCACAUAGCUGUAUAUAUAACCCUUUCUUUCCUAAAGAGGAGCAAAGUUGCUCCUUUAUAUUUUUCAUUUUUUUGUCAAAGCAAGACGUAAAUACUUUAGAAUUGUUAAAUAUAUAAAUAAAAAUAAAGUUUAGAGUUUUGCAUGGGAGCA